GCGGAGUCAGGCGCGAGCGCUCGCUGUGAAGAGCUGUAGUGCGGAGCAAAUGUCCUGUGUAUGUUUCAACUCUGGAGUAAUUUCAGACUUCUCUAAAUAAGCAUGUCUCACGCCGAAGUCGAGUUCGCUGGACGUGGUUUUCCUGGUUUACCUGUUGAGUUGGAGGAGGACUGUCUCUCCAGAGUGCCAAUGCUGCGGACACACUCCCUGAACGCCAGGAGGAACUCAUACGUGCUUCAUAAACUCAGCGUGGAUAUUGACCCGCAAAUCUACAACGAGACACUUUCCAAAGCGCUGUCGUGGUCCACUGAAAACAUAUUGUUAUCAGAGAGAAGAGUUGCUGAAAAUAAAACAGACCCUCCAUCUCCAAGUUCUCCAUCUCCAGUCUCCAGCCCGGAGUCUUCAACCCCCAGCGCCAGCUCAGCACCUCCAGAGGACUGGACAAGCUCCGUCCAGACCCCUCUGUCCCCUGUCGCCCAGGAUGCCAGCUCAGACUCCGACAAUGAGGGCUCCAAAGUUGAGAAUGUGGCACCACGACGCCCAUUUGUAAGCAGACUGGAGCAGGACGAGAAAGAGGACAUUGAGACCAAAGCGGUGGCCACCUCACCGGAUGGAAGAUAUCUGAAGUUCAACAUUGAAAUUGGGAGAGGGUCGUUCAAGACGGUCUACAAGGGGUUGGACACAGAGACCACGGUGGAGGUGGCAUGGUGUGAGUUACAGACUCGCAAACUGACCAAAGUGGAGCGCCAGCGCUUCAGCGAAGAGGUUGAGAUGCUCAAGGGUCUUCAGCACCCAAACAUUGUGCGCUUUUACGACUCCUGGAAGUCCACUGUGAAAGGUCACAAGUGCAUCCUUCUGGUCACUGAGCUCAUGACCUCUGGCACCCUCAAAACGUAUCUAAAGCGUUUCAAAGAGAUGAAACCAAAGCUCCUACAGAGGUGGAGUCGUCAGAUCCUUAAAGGACUUCACUUCCUGCACACGCGGACCCCUCCCAUCAUUCACAGGGACUUGAAAUGUGACAAUAUCUUCAUCACGGGCCCCACAGGAAGUGUGAAGAUCGGGGACCUUGGACUGGCCACACUCAAGAGGGCAAGCUUUGCCAAGAGCGUAAUAGGAACACCAGAGUUCAUGGCUCCAGAAAUGUAUGAGGAGAAGUACGACGAAGCAGUGGACGUCUAUGCAUUUGGCAUGUGCAUCUUGGAGAUGACCACGUCAGAAUACCCUUACUCUGAGUGCCAAAACGCUGCGCAGAUUUACCGCAAAGUUACCAGCGGUAUAAAGCCCGACAGUUUCUACAAAGUGAAAGUUCCAGAGUUAAAGGAAAUCAUUGAAGGCUGUAUCCGCAUGAACAAAGAUGAAAGAUACACCAUCCAGGACCUGCUGGAGCACACGUUCUUCCAGGAGCACAAUGGCGUUUACGUUGAAUUGGCUGAGGAAGAUGAUAUGGUCAAAUCCAGCCUGAAGCUCUGGCUUCGCAUGGACGGCACCAAGAAGCUCCACGGAAAGUACAAGGACAACAACGCCAUUGAGUUCCUGUUCGAGCUUUACAAAGACGUGCCAGAGGAGGUGGCGCAGGAGAUGGUGGUUCUGGGGUUUGUAUGUGAGGCCGACUACAAGCUGGUCGCCAAGGCCAUGCGAGACCGCGUUACAGCCAUCAAACGUCAGCGAGAAAAACACCGUCGGCUAGCAGAGGAGCAGCAGCGGAAGAAGAAGGAGGAAGUUAUUGAGGAAGAGUCUGAGCUGCCAUCGCCCAGAUCCAACGUUCAAAUAUCUGAAAACCCCGCCCCUUCUCCUGUGCAGAUCCCGCCCACUCCUGUAAUCCCAGAACCCAUGUGCUCUCCCAUUACUGGCUCAUCGGAUUCUGGGAUUAACGGCAGAUUCCCACCAGAGCCAGAGGAACCAGAGGCCGAUCAACACUUCCACAUCCACCAUACAAGCUGCUCCUCAGCAACCUCUGACUGUGAGACUGAUGGAUAUCUCAGUCCCUCUGGCUUACAGGAUGUUACCGAAGCUUCAAAUGGCACCGUCAGCUGCUCUCCAAUCCUCCUCCCCCAACAGGCCACACCCACAGAGGCCACGCCCACCAUCACUCCACCAAUCCUGGCUCUCCGUUUCCCCUCAAGUAUUGCCGUGUCUAGUAAAACCGAGAGAGGACCGCUUAGCCCUUUCUCCUCACCCGUGGACAGUUAUGCUUCAGAUGUGACCUCAGGCUUGAGCGAUGGCUACGAUGGACUGUCAGACAGAGGGAGUAAGUUUGCUGAAAGACGGACAACAGGGAAACUGUUUAGGAGGAGAAUGAGGUCUCGUCUGCGCAUUACAGGGGUGUCUGAUAAAGUGGACCGGGUAGUUGAGUGUCAGCUACAGACCCAUAACGAUAAGAUGGUCACGUUCAAAUUCGACCUGGAUGGCGACAACCCUGAAGACAUUGCUGCGGUAAUGGUGCAUAAUGAGUUCAUCCUGCCCUCGGAGAAGGAAGGUUUCAUUCACCGCAUCGGUGACAUCAUUAAGCGAGCAGAGUCUAUGAUGAGGAAGGACUCAUCGGGUCACCAUGAAAGCUACGGAGUCGCCCGUCCCUCGUAUAUAAAUGCCGUCCACUCACUCUCUGGUUCUCAGGUGAGCCUGCAACCAAACCUUCACAGUCUGGCACAAGCUCAUUCCUCUUCCUCACUACCAGCAGAGUUUGGUCUGGGCGCCGGGGCAAGAGCCUCUCCUCCGGGAGCCGCUGGAGACAUUACCUCAUCCACACGUCCACUCUUACGUUCACAGUCUUUCCAUAAUGCCCCAGCCAAACCUUCACAGUCUGGCACAAGCUCAUUCCUCUUCCUCACUACCAGCACCUUUUUCACGCAUAUACAUGUGGGUUUUCCAGCAGAGUUUGGUCUGGGCGCCGGGGCAAGAGCCUCUCCUCCGGGAGCCGCUGGAGACAUUACCUCAUCCACACGUCCACUCUUACGUUCACAGUCUUUCCAUAAUGCCCCAGCAAUUAUCUUCAUCCGACAAAAAUUACCAGCAGCAUCCGUUACAAUGGGAGCUUUACAAGCCAAUGCACAGCUGGUUUUUAUUUUCCUUAAUGUCAGACUCGCUGGCUUCAUCGAUCGUUCACUGGGGCUGUUGACGUUCUCCUCAUCCUCAUCACGUCCCAUCAGCUUCAGUCUAUCCUCCUGA